ACUCGAAAAAAACUUGUAUUGCAAUUUUUUAAUUUGUAAACUAGCACAAUAGUAUUGAUCGAUCUUUUGAAAGUCGCACAACUAUUCCUUUUAUUCGAUUGGUUAAUUGUUUGUGAUAAACCAAUAGGAUCAAUUGAAUCUACGGAUAUUAUGCAACUUCCGUUAAUUUUAAUUUAUCGAAUAGCGGUGUUGUUCAAUAAUGCAACAAAUAUAUUGACGUGCAAACAAGUGUUAAACAUCAUGGUGAUUUUUGGUUUCAUGUUAAAUUAUAUGUUACGUGUAAAUAUGACGAUUGCCAUAGUAUCAAUGGUGAUUCCAAGCAAGGACACUUCACACUUGAGCGGUUAUAAUAGAACAAACGAGUGCUCCGAUCACGAAAUCAAAAUAAACGUUUCUCUGCACAAUAACGAAUCAACGAUGAUCGCUUCUAAUUCUACUAUAUCUUCAUUCCCCUAUCCACCUAGGCACGAAGAAAUUAAUCAAACGAGAUAUCCGUGGAAUGAAUACGAAGUUAAUAUCAUAUUGGGCAGUUUUUUCUGGGGUUACAUAUGUACCGAAUUACCGGGUGGACGAUUAGCUGAAAUAAUAGGACCCAAAAGAGUUUUUGGACACAGUAUGUUAGUAUCCAGCGCUGUUACAUUUUUAACACCCUGGUUGGCAACUUAUGGUUAUAUCGCAGUUGCCAUGUUAAGAACAGUAAUUGGAUUUAUGUUGGGAGCUACUUGGCCUGCCAUCCAACCAAUGACCGCCCGAUGGAUACCACCAACGGAACGCAGCAAAUUUGUCUCGAAUAUGAUGGCUUCAUCGCUCGGAGCAGCGUUAACAAUGCCAAUUUGCGGAUUUUUAAUUGCUUACUUUGGAUGGGAAUCUGUAUUCUACGUAACAGGAACAAUAGGUCUCAUGUGGAGUAUAGCUUGGUUUCUCUUAAUAUUUGACUCUCCUGCCCAACAUCCGAGAAUUUCGAUCGAAGAACGUCGAUACAUCGAAGAAUCGAUCGGUACUACCACUACAACAAAGAGAUUAUCUGUUCCGUGGAAAUGCAUUUUUCUUUCGAUUCCUGUUUGGUCUAUCGUGCUGACUCACAGCUGCAAUGUGUUCGGUUAUUUUACCGUUGUCAACCAAUUACCAACAUACAUGAAAUAUAUUUUAAACUUUAAUAUCAAAGAGAAUGGAAUAUUAUCUUCUUUACCAUAUCUCGGAAAAUAUAUCUUUGCCGUGACAACAUCAACUGUGGCCGAUUAUUUAUUUAAAAAUAAGAAACUGUCGGUAACAUCUAUUAGAAAGAUAUUUACUUCUUUUGCCGUAUUAACUCCAGGAUUAUUAAUGAUCAUACAAGCAAAUUACGGAUGCGAUCGUGUUACAUCUGUAUCAAUCUUUACGAUUGCUCUGACGAUUAACGGUGCAGUAACAGCAGGUUAUCUGGGAAACGGCUUAGACAUUGCACCCAACUUCGCAGGAACUAUCUUUGGUAUGAUGAAUACACUUGGUUCUCUAGGCGGAUUGCUAAGUAGUUACAUGGUUGGUACAAUAACCUAUAAAAAUCAAACUUACGCUCGAUGGAGUAUUAUUUUUUGGAUAUUGGCAUCGAUUUAUUGCUUUGGUGCUUUGACAUUUCUCAUUUUUGGUAGUGGUCAAUUACAGACAUGGAACAAUCCUGAACAAAACCGAAAAAAAGCGAAUACGGAUAAUAAUUUCGAUGCGAUAGAAUUCACAUCGUUAAAGGAAAAUACUGUUUCUUAACGAAACUAUCUAGAGAUUUUGUUCAAUUGAUUAUUUAUUUUUAAACGUCAGAUAGACAACUAUAAAUUAUAACUGUCAAUAAUAAUUAUAUUAUAUUUAUAAUAAUAAUUAUAUUUGACAAUUAUCUAUUUGUUGUAAUUUUUCAUUGUUAUCGUUAUAUAGUUCAUUGUUAAACAAUUAUAAAUUUCAAAGUUUAAAACAAAUAGACAAAUAAUUUAAUCAUUAGGGAAAUGUUUAUCCCUAAUAAAGAAAGUAAAAAGAAAAAUAUAAAAGAAAUUAAGUUAAAUUAUAUUAUAUCAUAUAGAGAUAGAUUAAAAACUGAAAUUAAAAGUAACUAUGAAUAAAAAAACUGUGACAUAUACAAUAAGAUUAAAAUAAAAAAUAAAGAGAAAAGCAUUAAAGAAAAUAUAAAAUAAUGUUAAGAAAGAAAUAUAAUAAAAUUAAAGACAAAAUAUAAAAGCGCUGUUUGUUACUGUUAAGAAUUUGUAACAUUUGUAAAACAAUAUAAAUUAAAAGAGUCGAAAGAUAUGAAGUGAAAAUAAAUAAAGUAUUCUUA